AUGACGGAGACAAAUCAUAGGAGCUGCAAAACCAAUCUCCGCUCUCGGACAAUAGCCAAACUGGUGCUGGGACAGCUGUACCCGCCGGCCGUGGUGGAGGCCCAAUACGAAGACCGGCUAUAUCCACUGACAGCUCGCCUGGAGUUCUAUCUAGAGAAUUUCGGGUACUUCCAUAUGCAGGCUUCGAAGCCGGAUAACGUUGGUCACGGUCUGGACGACUCCCCAGUCGCCCAUGCCUCCUGGCUCAUCCAGAACCUGAUCAUGGCAACAGACGUGGCCGGCGAGAGACUCAUCGACGGUAACCUGUCGGCAAACUAUAACAUGGACGACUUCUACGACUCCUUCACCGUGCACUGGGCGUGUCGAAGCAUGACGACCGCGGCGAGGUCGUACGCGGUGGCGUUGGCGGUGCAUCAGGACCCGUUGUCCAUGAGUAUCUUCAUGACCCCAACACCUGUCCCAUUCGCCGCCAUCAAAUUCCGCCACGAGUUGGUCUACCAGCCGGACGACUUCCUCCGGGACAAGUACCCCAACCUGGUCCAGUCCAACACCCUGGACUUCGGCGGACACUUCGCCGGCUACCAGGAGCCCGCGGUCCUGGCUGACAGCAUACGGACUUCCGUAGCCAAAAUGGAACAGUUCCAUAGAAACUAG